UAGUAGUGAAUCAUUUCCAGAUGUGUCAACCUUACGUGACUGUUGUUUCUUACAUAUCCGCGGUGCAGCGAGUUUCCUCGCGUCACGUUCAAACAAACCGCGGUAACAUAAUCGACAGUUCGUCUCUUUACAAAAAAAAGUGUCAUACUACUCUGCGUUGGUAACUGUCAUUUACGAUAUCAACGUUUAUCAACGUUUUUUAAAUUUGCACAACGAUUCGAGAAGGAUCAAACUCAAUGACAAUUUUUUAUCGACAAAGUGAUAAUAGUAAAGAUGCGUGUUAUUUUUGUAAAAUUCCGCGAGGUAACGCAAAAAUAUCCUAUUGUAAGAGGGAUGGCCUCUUACACUAUUAUAUGGCCUACAGGAUCUUUAAUACAACAAAAAAUUAUAGGAAACGACGAAUUAAAUUACAUGCAAGCAUUGAGAUUUAGCUUGUACGGUGGUUUUUUUGUGGCACCAACACUAUAUUGUUGGCUAAGAUGUUCUUCAUAUUUUUGGCCAAAGUCAGAUCUGAAGUCUGCAAUUACCAAAGCUUUAGUAGAACAAGUUACAUAUGGUCCUGCUGCAAUGUGCUGUUUUUUCUUUGGUAUAAACCUCCUUGAAAUGAAACCAGUUGCAGAAUGUAUUGAAGAAGUGAAACACAAAUUUUGGCCCACUUAUAAGGUUGGUGUUUGUGUGUGGCCCAUUUUACAAACAAUUAAUUUUAUUUUGAUCCCAGAACAUAAUCGUGUAGUUUAUGUAAGUUUUUGCAGUUUAAUUUGGACAUCUUUUCUUGCACAUAUGAAAGCACUGGAGGCUAAGAAAAAUCAUAUGGAUAAAAUAAUUAAUAAUGUACAAAUUACUGAGAAUACUCACACUCUUAAGCCUGUUAGUGAAACACAAAGUGAAAAUAAAAAAGUGUCCAAUAUAUGAUGAAAGUUUAUAAGAAACUUUUGUUAGCUAAAUUAAUUUAUUUAUAAAUAUAUGUACAAAAAAUUGACUACAUUACACAUAGCAGGACUAAUCACAGUAUUUGUGAUAUAGUUUAGAAUAAAUUUAAAAGUUUAAAUAUGGAGCUAUAUAUGUGUGAGGUAUACAUCUGUAUUAUAGUAAAUAGAAUGUGAAAAUUGUGACUACAUAAUCGCGAAAGUAUGUAAAAAAUAUUCUUGUUGCUAAGUUUGUAAACCAUAUUUAUUGUGAUUUUAUUGUUGACAAUAAUUUAUAUUUAUUGUUAAUAAAGGUAAAUUAUUAUUAA